UAACCAUGUCGUACCCACGACCCAAUUCCCAACUGGCGCGCUAUACGCCGAACGAAAUCCGACUAGUGACGUCACGGCCUAGCUCACAAAUGACGCGCUACACAUUGAACGACCUAGAGAAGGAACCGGAUCACGAGCUUACGCGAAUCGAACGCCUGGCUCUCUCGCGGCCAAGCUCCCAGAUGACCCGAUACUCGAGCCCGCCACCGUACUCUUACCACUCGCACCUAACGAGCCCCACCCUGAUGUUCCGCCCCCAGUCCGUGGUAUCCCGUUAUUCAAGAUCAGGCGCGAUGACGCCUAACGUGAAACUCACCAAAGGUAAUCCAAUGAAAUGCAACGUGUGUACGAAGAAGCUGGACUAUCAAUGGGUCCUGCCGGGUCUCCAUAACUUCUGCACCCAUUGUCUUGAGGAUUACAUCCUCAGACAUAGUCGCGGGAAGCACUGUCACUGCCCGAUUUGCAGGGCCGGAAUUCGGCUUCCGAAAGAACCAAAGAUUCAACGUAAGCCAAUCCGAUACCCGAUUGGUCCCACGGAGCUGGUUGUAUGCGACAUAUGCGAGGACAAUCCGGCAUUUUUCAAGUGCUCCGAGUGCAACGAGUACUUCUGCGACAAAUGUAACAAGCUGCACCUGCGAAUGAAGAUGUCCAAAGAUCACCACGUGAACAUCAUACCGUCCAUACGAGCCGUGAACGACAAGCUGAGGGUCAAGGUCUUUUGUGAUGAGCACCAGCACGAGGAGGUGAAGUUCUUCUGUCGUAAAUGUGGCGUCCCGAUCUGCAGGGACUGCAAAGUGGUGAGCCACGAAGGUCACCCUACAGAGCCUUUAAAGGAAGCGGUGGAGGAGCGGAAAACGCGCGUAUCGGCGGCUAUUACAACGGCGAGAGGGCAUAUGGCUCGACUUAAGGCCGAGUCUAUAGAGAUAUUAAACAGAAAAGCAGCACUCGAGGAGGAAACAACAAAUACGACCGGUGAGAUUAAGCAGCACUCGCAGAAGAUCAAGGACAUCGUGGACGAGCACUCGGAACACCUUAUGCAGGUGGUGAAGCAGCAACACGACGAGAACAUCGCCAAGUUGGACAGCUGUCUGGAGUCCGUUACGAAAAAAAUGGAGUCGACCAAGGGUCUGAUAGAAACUGCGGCCGUCCAGAUGGAUACGGACAACGACGUGGCGUUUAUAAACUCAGCAGGCGAAAUGAUCGAAAGUUUGAAAGCUGCUGAUGUCCCCUCCUUCACGGAUAAGCUGUGGAGGAGACGUCACAACUUCCAGAAGGGGAACAUCGACGAGAUCUCGCUACAACAGUCAGUGGGCGAAUUGAAAUUCCUGGCGGAAGGACUUUUCGUCCCACUUCCGGCCAUAGAGCUACAGUUGUACUCGAGCUUUGAGUCGGACAAGUUCUACAAAAACACGACCGCCAUCACGACGAUGCCGGAUGCGAGCGCCUGGGUGAGCACCGGAUACAAGAACAAGCUGCAGCGGUUCGACAACCGGGGGCGCGUCAUGGCAGAGGAUACGACGGAGUUCGACGUCGACGACAUGACGACGCUACUGGAUGGGACCGUUCUGUUGACAGAGCAUGAGGGUAAGUGUAUACGCAAGCUGGGUGUCACGCAUAUGGAUUCUUACUUCGCGAAGACGGACUUGUUCCUUCGCGGUCUGUGCACGUCGCGCGAUGGUACAAACGUUAUCGUCGUCGGCAACGACGUUCCAAUAACGAAGUUCAAGCAGGUGCGCGUGGCUAAGAUUCUGAUCUACACCACGACGGGGCAGCGCAUCCGGGAGAUUCUCGUUAAGCGGGGGCUCAGUCUCUUCCGAGUGUGUCACACUGUAAACGGCGACUUCGUCGUCUCAACGGGCCUCUCCGGCAAAUAUCUUGUCAUCAACGCGGAAGGUACCACCAAGUACACGUAUACGGCGUCCGGAAGUGCCGACGGCGUUGCAUGUGACGCGCACGGACUCACGAUUCUCUCGGACCUCAAGGACGAUACUAUACACCUUCUGGAUAGCAAGGGGAAACCUCUACCGUUUACGUACACGCUCAACAAGCCCAAUGCUGUUGCCGUUGACAACAGAGGUUACAUUUGGGUCGGCGACCUCCACAAAAUACGUAUAAUGAAAUAUGUUUAG